CAUUGACCCACCAUUUUUUUCUAUUUUAUGUGCCUAAGGCUCAAUGCCGGGCUACCACACGUGUAGGACACGGUUCAGGAGGGAAGAUUGAAUUAUUUAUUUACAGAUCGUGUACUAGCAACAGCAGGCUGCUCACUAAACGAGCCCAGUUGCAGGGGGAGUGGCUAAGAGGAUAAAGCUCAUGGCGCCGUUCUUCUAGAGGUGGUACGCCUGCUGCUCGUUGUGGAAUCAGACGGUCACUUGUGCUUAAGCUGUACAGAAUGAUUUCUUCUGAGAAGUUUGAGUUUGCAAUUGACCGUGGGGGCACAUUCACAGAUGUCUUUGCACGUUGUCCUGGUGGAAAGAUUCAAGUUCUGAAAUUGCUUUCAGAAGACCCUGCCAACUAUCAGGACGCCCCCACUGAAGGUAUACGUCGUGUACUGGAGAAGGAAAGUGGAGAGGUUUUGCCCCGUGACCAACCUCUAGACACCUGUCAGAUUAACUGGAUUCGAAUGGGCACCACUGUUGCCACUAAUGCCCUCUUAGAGAGGAAAGGGGAGAGGAUGGCCCUGGUCAUUACUAAAGGUUUUAAAGAUCUGCUGCAUAUUGGCAACCAGGCUCGUCCCCGAAUCUUUGAUUUGGAGAUUGUAAUGCCAGAUGUCCUGUACGAGGAAGUCAUUGAGGUAGAAGAGAGGGUGAUUUUGGAAAAGGACAAAUGCAGUUUGCCACAUAUGGAGGCCCUUUCAACAGUUACAGGAUCAACAGGAGAACACCUUAAAGUGUGGUGCCCAUUGGAGCUUCAGAAUUUGGAAAAGAGCUUGAAACAAGUGUUGAAAAAAGGAAUCUAUAGUCUGGCUGUGGUGCUGAUGCACUCCUAUACAUGGUCAGCCCAUGAAGUGCAAGUUGGUGAGCUGGCACGAAAAAUUGGAUUCAAGCAUGUCUCGCUUUCCUCCCAAGUGAUGCCUAUGGUGCGCAUUGUGCCACGUGGAUACACAGCUUGUGCUGAUGCCUACCUAACCCCCAAGAUUCAGGAGUAUCUGCAUAGUUUCCAAAAGGGCUUCAAACAAGGCCUUGAGGGAGUGCAGGUUCUUUUCAUGCAGUCAGAUGGUGGCCUCACACCUAUGAAAAAGUUCAUUGGAUCCCGUGCCACACUUUCUGGGCCUGCAGGAGGUGUUGUUGGCUAUGCCAUGACAUCUUAUAACCAGCAGACCAAACUGCCUGUCAUCGGAUUUGAUAUGGGAGGAACGUCAACAGAUGUAAGCCGGUAUUCUGGUCAGUAUGAGCACGUGUUUGAGGCCACUACUGCAGGCAUUACAUUACAAGCUCCGCAACUUGACAUUAACACAGUGGCUGCAGGUGGGGGGUCCCGACUCUUCUUUAGGUCUGGUAUGUUUGUAGUGGGACCAGAAUCUGCAGGAGCACAUCCAGGACCAACAUGUUACAGAAAAGGGGGUCCCCUUACAGUGACAGAUGCUAACCUUGCUCUAGGACGGCUUUUGCCUGAUUUCUUUCCUUGUAUCUUUGGACCUGCUGAGGAUCAGCCACUUUCAUAUGAAGAUACUCAGCGUGAGUUUCAUCUUCUAACUGCCACCGUUAACAGUUUUCUGUCUGCGCAGUCUGGCCAACGGCAGAUGACUGUUGAAGAAGUGGCCAUGGGCUUUAUCAGAGUUGCAAAUGAAGCAAUGUGCCGACCAAUCAGGGCACUGACACAGGCUAAGGGUCAUGACACUUCCCGUCAUAUCUUAGCAUGCUUUGGAGGAGCAGGAGGGCAGCAUGCAUGUGCCAUUGCAAGGUCUCUUGGCAUGAAGAUGGUCUUUAUUCAUAAGUAUGCUGGUAUCUUGUCUGCAUAUGGAAUGGCACUGGCAGAUGUUGUCCAUGAAGCACAGGAGCCUUCCUCAUUGGAAUAUACAUAUGAGUCAUUCUCUAAGUUGGACACACGUAUUGAAGAGUUGGAAUGUCAGUGUGUGGAAGAGCUGCAAGCUCAGGGGUUCACUAGGUCUCAGAUCAGUACAGAAAUCUUCUUACAUCUUCGCUAUGACCGAACUGACUGUGCUCUUAUGUGUUCUGCUAAUGGAUAUCCUAGCAAUGAGAAGUCUUGUCAUGCUGGUGAUUUCCGAGCUGCCUUUACUGAUAGGUACCUUAGGGAGUUCGGUUUUACUAUUCCUGAGCGAUGCAUCAUGGUGGAUGAUAUACGUGUAAGAGGCAUUGGUAGGACAGGCAUUGCAGAUGAGAAACUGAUUAGCAGAAGUAUGAAUCAACCACAAGUUAAAAAGGUGACACGGUGCUAUUUUCAGAAUGGAUAUGAGGAUACUAAGGUUUUCCUUCUUGAAGAUCUGUCAUGUGAGCACAGCAUUUUGGGUCCAGCAAUCAUCAUUGACAAGAACAGCACAAUUUUAAUCGAACCUGACUGCGAAGGAAAAAUUACAGAGCAAGGAGAUAUACAAAUUAGCAUUGGGACUGGUAAAAUUCAACAAGUUGGCACAGAACUUGAUGCCAUUCAGUUGUCCAUUUUUUCACACCGAUUUAUGAGCAUUGCAGAACAGAUGGGUAGAAUUCUACAGAGGACUGCAAUCUCCACCAAUAUUAAGGAGCGUCUGGAUUUUUCAUGUGCUCUUUUUGGGCCUGACGGAGGCCUGGUGUCUAAUGCACCCCACAUCCCAGUCCAUUUGGGUGCCAUGCAGGAGACUGUUCAGUUUCAGAUUAAAGAGCUUGGUGAUAGCCUAUGUCCAGGAGAUGUUAUUCUAAGUAACCACCCCUGUGCUGGUGGAAGCCAUUUGCCAGACCUAACAGUUAUUACACCUGUGUUUCAUCCCAAUGUAUUAAGACCAGUGUUCUUUGUUGCCAGUCGAGGACAUCAUGCAGAUAUUGGUGGCAUUACUCCUGGCUCCAUGCCCCCUCAUUCAAAAUCACUGCAGGAAGAGGGGGCUGUUUUCAUAUCCUUCAAACUGGUAUGCAAUGGUGUAUUUCAGGAGGAAGCACUCAUAGAAGCUCUUAUGGCACCAGGAAAAUUCCAAGGGUGUUCAGGAUCAAGAAAUCUCCAUGACAACCUUUCUGAUCUUCGGGCACAGGUAGCAGCCAAUCAGAAGGGCAUCCAGCUGGUGGGUGAGCUAAUUGACUGCUAUGGACUAGAGGUGGUGCAGGCAUACAUGGGACACAUCCAGGCUAAUGCUGAACUAGCUGUCAGGGAGAUGCUUCGAGAAUUUGCUUAUUGCCACAGAGAAAGCACUGGUUCUCUCGAGGUACAAGCUGAAGAUUAUAUGGAUGACGGGACUCCAAUCAGGCUAAGAGUAGAAAUCGAUGAGAUUCAGGGAAGUGCACUGUUUGAUUUCUCCGGGACUGGUUAUGAAGUAUUUGGGAACUGUAAUGCUCCCCGUGCCAUUACUUUGUCAGCUCUUAUCUAUUGUCUGCGGUGCAUGGUUGGUCAAGACAUCCCACUCAACCAGGGUUGCCUGACACCAAUUAAAGUCAUAAUUCCACCAGGAUCAAUACUACAGCCUUCCCAGAAUGCUGCUGUGGUGGGCGGGAAUGUGUUAACAUCACAGAGAGUGGUCGAUGUAAUUUUUAAAGCGUUUGAAGUUUGUGCUGCAUCUCAGGGCUGCAUGAACAACAUAACAUUUGGAAACGAGCAGGUUGGAUAUUAUGAGACAGUGGCUGGAGGUGCAGGGGCCGGGCCAGGUUGGCAUGGCCGCAGUGGGGUUCAUAGUCACAUGACCAACACACGUAUUACUGAUCCAGAAAUCCUUGAAAAGAGGUACCCAGUAGUCCUGCAGAGAUUCUCACUUCGCCCUGAAUCUGGAGGGCUAGGCUGUUACUGUGGAGGUGAUGGGGUGAUUAGAGAGCUGCUUUUUCGAGAAGAGGUUGUGCUGUCAGUGCUAACCGAGCGUAGAACUCUCCAGCCGUAUGGAAUUAAAGGAGGUCAGCCAGGCUCACCAGGUCUAAAUCUUCUUCACCGUGCAGAUGGAAGAACCUUAAACCUUGGUGCCAAAACAUCAGUGAAAAUUGACCCUGGGGACCGAUUCUGUCUGCAGACCCCUGGAGGAGGAGGGUAUGGAGAUCAUAACCAGUCACAAGAUUCACUGGACAGACACCUCUCAAACAAAAGGGAGGCUAGUACUUGCUUUGUUGAGCGAGGUAGCAUCUUUGAAUACCAAAAGACUCAAGAGGCUGUGUGAAAGGUGACCAGUGAGAAGGAUUUUACGAAUUAAAGGCCGUCUUUAACCUACUUAAUUAAAAGAGUAGGAAAUAACUGUAGCACAAGUACACACCAAUAACUGGGUUUUAUAUAACAUUGAUGUCUCUUACAUUCAAUUCAUUUCUGGUAACAGCGGGGUAAACAUAACAUUUAAAGGUAGAGGUCUUAGGAGUUCCAAGUACUGUCUGCUUUGCUACUUAAUAAAUUGCCCAUAAAUAAAAUAA